GGCAAAUCUUGGCGCCGACGCUAAAUUACCUGGACAAAACUAUGCUGCGGCCCAAGAAACGAAAUCCGAUUUCUCUUCGUGCUGGACGAAGACGUAGGCGGACGAAAAUAAAGAAAGACGAAGCUGAGCUUUUGACAAAGACGAAGGGCCAAGGAGAAGACACUCCGACCGAAGGCGCCGAACAGGAGAUGAUGUCCUUGCCAGGUACGUCCUUGAAAAUUGCGGCGGGUGGUGAGAACAACGUGAUACGGCCGCAUGAAGCCGAUGAUGUAGUUGGAGUUGCACAUGCACUCAGUGCUGGAGUAGAGGAACUUUUUGCUCCUGCGGAUCGCAAUGUUGAAGAUAGUCUUCCUCCCACCCCAGAGCCUCUGCAAAAUAAAGAUGCUUCUUCUAGUACUUGCACAGUUCGAGGAACUCCCCGCGACACAUCUUCUUCCUCUUCUUUUUCCCGACCAAGAAAUAGAAAAAACAAGCCGAAAGAAUCCGUCGUGAAAACCGAGGCGCGCCUGGAAGCGGCACGCCUGAAACUCCAGCGCAAGCGGCUGAACGAGAAUUGGAAACCCGCCUAUUGGGUCACGGACCGUCACAUCGCGAGCUUGGCGGUCACGCUCGCCAAGUUCGAGCACUUUCAUCGUUCGUUGGUGCAAACCCUCGCUGUUCUGUGCAUCAAGCGGGAACGGAAACUGUCCGACCAGUCGCUGGCGCUAGUGUUGUACAGUUUCGCUAAACUGCGAAUCCGGCACGUGUAUCUGAUGCGUUUUGCCAUGGAGCGCGUGCAGAAAAGCAUCCCGCACCCCUUCCACGAUUUUUCUGGUCCCGAUUUGUCCCUGCAGGACGAUGCAGAUGGAAUAUCGAAGGGACAACAGCCGUGUUGGAAAAAGAAAUUCCGACAGCGCACGAAAAUGGGUGACAAGUCUGUCAUCCUCUUGGCGUACGCGUUUGGGCGGAUGGGUCUCCGCGGACAGGACGUGAUAUCCUCGAGAAAAGCACAACUGUAGUACCAGAAAAAUAGUAAAAUUGUGUCACGAAUAAAUGCUCGAUCUGUCGCGCCAAAAAACGCACUACAUAAAUAAGUACUCUUUUUUCUGUUAUGGGCCUGCUUUUCUACCGAAUACGUCUGGGAUCGCCUUGGAGCAAGCAUUUUAGCGCGACUAGACCACCACUCGCCGCUGCAUUUGAGUGUUUUCGCUGCGGCUUGUGCACGGGUUGGGCAUAUACCCCUUCAGUAUGAUUAUCCUUCUUCACAUAAAUCAGUCACCAAGGCGAUGCCAUUCCAUGGCUACGGCUCACCCACCAGCACAUCCUCCGACAUCUUGCAGAUAGGGGAUCAUGACAAGCAAGCUUCUGCAACUUUUCAGCGCGAUCGCCCGCUUGGGCGAGGUGUUCUGAAUGUGCAAACGCAAACAGGCGAGCUUCGGGAAUGGGUGCGCGAAAAAGUGCUCAACAGAUGCCAGGGAGACUUUGGCUUCACGUAUAGGCAGGAGCAGGUCGAACCAGGAGUGAAAGAGCAUGCGGAGCAGCGCUAUGGAUAUGGUCUUCCAGGAGGGCGGGAUUACCCGCCUCGUCCUGCCAAGACGCAGCUGCGGUCGUUGUUUUACGACGAGCUCGUACCCCACCUGCUUUCGGGCACACUUACAUCGUCUGCAUCCACUGCAAAUCUACGUCCACAACAUGCCAGCGACACUACAAGUACUAGUCCACGGUCCUCGUCAGUAAAGACAACCGCCGAGGCCGACCACACAGAACUCAGACGGACGACGAAAGGCAAAGCGAACCAGGCAGAAAGAGCUACCCUCCUGUUUGGAUUCACAAGCAGACAGUUGCUGAAUCUGCUGGAUGCGAUGACACUGACGAGCAUGUUUGGCGCGGAGAAGAUUUUGAGCACGCAGUUCCUUCGGGAAGCCCUGCUCACUUACAUUGCGCAGACCGCAGAUGAAAAGCUUGCGCGGAGUCGGCCCAGCUCUCAGCUCGCCCGCACUUUGUUUGCGCUCACGCUGGAGCACGGAGACCAGAUGCGGCAGAUGCCGCGGGCAGUCCUAGUACUAUGGAGGUGUCAGAAUCGAAAUUGACAAAGUCGAAAAAUUUGUGAUGCAUAAAAUCGACACCAGUUGGAGCCUCAAUUUCCAAGUGGCGCAUGACAAAUUUCGGAUCUCCUGCGUCCGAAGCUGCUUGCGGCGACGGUGCAAAGGUUUUUGAAGUGGCGCAGUCGGGUAUGCAUGACAAAUUUCGGGAGCACCCAAAUCCAGUCUCUCACGCUGUUUGGGCAAAGAAGGCUGCUCCUGUCAUGCUACUCUGGCAGCAGGAAUUCUUCCCCUAAAGAGGCUUGCAAUCGGUCUCAUUUGCCGGCGCCCCAACACAGGCCACACAUGCCCUACAUUUUAUGCAUUGCAAAUUUUUCGAUUUUGUUGAUUUCGAUCCUGACAGUUCCAUAAGUACUCCUCGAAAAGUACGCCGGCGCUGCUUGUCAGUUGCGGAACAAUUACAAAAAUUCUGUGGACGAAACUGGAGAAGAAAUUGAAAUGGCGGGCGAGUCAGAAUUCGAUGCUGUAAAAGACGACGAGGACACUUUUGAGGAAAUCGAAAUGGAUGAAGAUGAUGAUGACUCGCCCGUCUCGAGACAGCACAAAACACGACAGCGGCAACUGGAAAACAAGACGAGGAAGAUGACACACACCAGAACGGAAUUUUCCAAAGAUAGAUCAUCCACAUCCUCUUCACUUGACUAUGAAAAUGGAGGCGAAACGGACAACAUAACGCAAUUUCUCCAAGCCGCGGGAGUUUCGGACUUGCAAUUCCAGAAACGCAAGGGUCCCUUCUUUUUGGAUGUGGAAGGAAGAAGAGGGCCUGGACCACAUCACAGUACCUCGAACAGUAAUUGCGGCAGUGCGACCGUUGGCAUUGACUUUCUGUCCGAAGGAUCAUUCUGUCCCUUGACGGGUGAGGAACUUGGUUUUGUACGAUUCAAGAAGAGGCUGCUGCAUCGACUCAAUUACAACUAUUUGCCACUUAAAAAAAGAAGACUUCUUUGUUCCGCUUCCGAACAGGAUCAGGAACUAAACUUAGCCGACAUAUGACGAAAAAAAAAUGAUAUUCACCCAGACCCACACACCCACACGACAUCUAGCGAAUGCUCUUUUUUAGCGCAACUGGAAGAAGAGGAUGAGAAACAAAACCAAACAAAUGAACAUAAUGAUUGAAAUCAGAGGAACAUUUAAUAUCGCACUUUGUUUGGACGCG